GCUGCAGUUGCCGAUUCUGAAAUCUGUUGUCUUUUGGGUGCUCGGGUGGCAGUUCCUUUUUCAGUUGGUAAUCAACACGUGAAAAGUAACGGAGAGAGCCGAGAAAACGGCUUAAAAAUGACUAAAUUUGAGCCAAAAGUUGGAGCCUAUGACUGGGUGGCAAUCGGAUGUUAUUUCUGUCUUUGUAUUGGGCUUGGGAUAUGGUCAAAGUUUUGGAAACAGGGCAAAAAGGAGGAGACAGCAGAAUCAUAUUUCUUGGCUGGAAGGUCCAUGUUAUGGUGGGCUGUUGGUGGCAGCUUGUUUGCAAGUAAUAUUGGUAGUGAGCAUUUCAUUGGCCUAGCUGGCUCAGGGGCAGCAACAGGAAUUGGUGUUGUGGCAUACGAAUGGCAAGCAUCAUGGAUUCUGCUUCUUCUCGGCUUCUUCUUCGUGCCUGUUUAUCUGAGAUCAAAAAUUUUCACCAUGCCUGAGUAUUUGAAGAAGCGUUUUCAGAGCAAAUACAUGCGUGCUUAUAUGACCAUUGUGUCGUUACUCAGCUACGUGACGACCAAAAUUUCUGUUGACAUGUAUGCCGGGGGUGUGUUCAUGAAAGAGGCAAUGGGCUGGAACAUCUACGUGUCCUCGGCUGUUAUUCUUGCUAUUACUGCGAUCUAUACGUUACUUGGUGGACUUACUGCUGUCAUCUAUACUGAUGUUCUCCAAUGUACCAUCAUGAUUUGUGGUGCCAUCGCACUCUCUAUUGUCGGUUUCUCAAAAAUUGGUGGAAUCAGUGCUUUGUGGGAGCAAUACCCAAACGCAGUCGGCAGGCCCUACGCACUUUUGAAAGCCACAACCGCGCCAGCAGUCAACAAAACACUCAAUGCGACCAUUUCAACGCUAGCUGUGACAACUGCUGCCGGGUUCACUAGCUUCACCAAAAACAUGUCAACAGCCACGAAUUCCACAAUUGCUGGUUGCUAUAAAGUCGACCCACACUGGGGGCACAUGUUUAGGCCCAUUGAUGAUAGUGAAUUCCCUUGGAUUGGGAUUUGGUUUUCGUUACCAGUUACUGGAAUCUGGUACUGGUGCACGGAUCAGGUUAUUGUACAACGUACCCUUGGCGCCAAAAACAUUGCUCACGCACGUGGUGGAACGAUUUUAGCGGGCUUUUUAAAGAUAUUGCCAAUGUACAUUAUGGUUAUGCCUGGCAUGAUAAGCAGAGUGUUGUACAAAGAUGAUAUUGGAUGUGGGGAUCCUGAAGCUUGUUAUGCUUAUUGCCAGAAUAAGUAUGGAUGUUCAAACAGUGCCUAUCCAAGGCUGGUCCUGGACAUUCUACCAGCCGGUGCAGUUGGUUUGAUGUUGGCGGUUAUGAUGGCCGCCCUUAUGUCCUCGUUAUCGUCCGCAUUCAACAGCUCCAGUACGAUUUUUACUAUGGAUAUAUGGAAGCUUUUUAGGCCAAGAGCAUCGCAGAAAGAGCAGUUGAUUGUUGGUCGAGUUGUUGUUAUCUGUCUCGUCGUCAUUGGGCUUCUCUGGAUUCCUGUUGUUUCAAGCGGUCAUGGUGGACAACUUUUUAAAUAUCUUCAGACUAUUCAAUCAUACCUUGCACCGCCUGCCUGUGCUGUGUUUAUCAUCGGAAUGUUAUGGCCUGGCCUCACCGAAGUUGGCGCAUUUUCAAGCAUGAUAUUCGGUCUCAUUCUUGGUGUGUCUCGCCUCGUUAUGGAUGUCGUUUAUCCACAGCCUCACUGUGGAGAAAUUGAUGAUCGCCCCGGUUUUGUCAAAUUGCACUUCAUGUAUUAUGCAAUCAUUAUCUUCGUCUGCUGUAUUGUUAUAAUGGUCGUUCUUAGCCUCUUUACCAAAGCCGUUCCUUUGGAAGCACUAGGCGCUUUGACGUGGCCAACACUUAACAAACCUCGUUAUCGUGGUGGAAAAUCAACCGCAGAAUAUGUCGUUAAUGCGGACAUAGGUGGACUGGAGAUGAAGAAUGCUUAUGGGUCACCGGGUGAAGAAAAAUUACAAAUGUCGGUGGAUUCCGUUAUCAAUUCAAAGGCCGUAUUAACCGACAACGAAUCAAAAAUGGCCACCGUAGAAGAGAAAUAUGACAGGGAACAAGAGCUCAGAGAAAUUGAAGAAUUUGAGGACCAGAAUACUGUCACCAAAUGGUCACUUAGAGUGCUGGCAAUAUUGCUGUUAUGCUGUCUUGUCUUCCUCUGGAUCUACUACCGCUAACAUCCGUAUCUUGAUUCCCAAGAGGUUUUGCUUUUGCUAUGCUGACAUGUUCUCGUGGCUUUCUUUUUGGGUGUUGUCGAUAAUUGUUAUCUGUUUAAAUACGAAACUCUGACAGCUUUUCCCCCUUCAUUAAACGUCUUACACAUUAUACUAUCUAUAUUAUUAUUCAACAUAGAUUUCACUGAGUUCUGCAUAAGAUAGUUUGGCACCUAUAAUUUGAUCAACUGUGCUUUUAGCCUAUUCAAAGCUUUAGUUUAGUAAAAUUACAUCUAUAUAUAUUUUUCAGUUAACCUUUAUAUAUCUAGGGCAUGGACUUUAUUUUUAUGGGUUACCUCUUCUGCGAUCUGUUAUAACCUGCCCAAGAUUACGUUAUAACCUGCCCAACGUGCUUAGUUUUUCGCUACCCAUGAUGUAAAACACUUGAAAUAAUCUGUCAAAUUUUUCUUUUACGUGGGUUGUGAUUUUCGUUUGUUGUCCCUUCUAUAUAUUUUAUCCUCAACAAACGGUUGUGUCCAUUGUGAUGGCAAAUCAAGGAAAUUCCUUCCAAAUUUCAAGUGGGAUGACGUCACUACUUUACUUCCACAAAUCCACCAGUAGAGUUUCUGCAGAAAAGUUUAAAAUAAUUUUAAACCUUGUUUACAACCAGUUGCUUACAUCAAUUUGUCCUUUUUUCUUCCGUCCAUUUCCAUUAUUUGUUGACGCAGCGAAUAACGACCUGUCUGUGAAGGGCUGAACUACACACAAGGACUACGGAGCAUGUUAUCAAUUGUGUGGGCAAAUCAAUUUUUGGGGCUGAACAUGCUAAAAGCCAAGAGCAGGCGAUCUUUAGUAUCGUUUUAAGUACAUUUUGAAUAGGGGAAGCCCCCCACGGUCCCCCUGCGCCUGCGAUCCUUGAAGGCCCCCACAGUCCCCCCUGCGCCUGCGAUCCUUGACCAAACAUACAAAUGCACAUAGUCAAAGUUAAAUUCUAAUCCAUUUCGACCCAUCUAAAUACUUUUAAGCUAAAAAUUAUCAGAUUGGCUUCAAAAUGUAAAAAAUGUAAGUUUGUGAUUCUGAUUAAUUAGCGAUUUAUUUGUGAUUUUUUUAAAAAUUCAACUAGUGAUCUUUGUAAUCUAUUUUGUAAUGGACAUUGUGAUUGGGUAGAUGAAAAUGUUGAAUGUUGAAUUAUCUUGUCUGAAGA